AUGCCAGAAGAACUCUCUGCCUUUUCGACUUCGAUCCUAAUGCAGCUGGGUCAAAAUCUUGUGCCUGCGACCAUGUUGUUACUGGCGAUCAUUGCGAUACUGGCCUCGUUAGGCUUCGCUUUCGUGCUGAUUGCUUUUCUUAGGCAGAAGUGGACUGGCCGUCAUGUCGCUGUCAAAUCUCGCUAUCAGCCAUUUUCUCCCGCUACUUGUGGGAUAGCUAAGGAAGAGAAUAGAUACGACCUACCCUGGGAACAUACUUGUCCACUCACUUGUUGGGUCUCAUCUUCAUCAAAAUCAGAAGCAACGACGACGUCGCCGCUUGAGUCAACGUCUUCAACCGGCUUAUGGUCGUCGAUCGUCAUGCCUUACGCUUUUCGCUCCGGUGGCCAAAUGCGUCGCAAGGCAGCUAGCUUGCAAGAUGCUGAAGAGCUGGAGUUAGGCUUCAUAGAGCGAACAUGGAAUGGCCAAUCUGGGCUUCCAUCACUACGAAAGAUAGACGCUUUUGACACUGAAACAAACUCCUAA